AUGACAAAGGCAUUAUUACUCUCCCUAGUGCACAAUGCCAGCACCCAGCUGAGUAACGAAAUCGUGGCACUGAAUGACGACAUCCUAUUUUUACAAAAUGAGUUAAGUGUGAGUAAGAACAAGCACUAUUCCGAUCUGGUGAAAAGAAAAACAGAAACAACAACCAAGGAACAGAACCUAAAACAAUUAAGUGCCUUCUUAACAAAAUACGUAAUGUUCUUGUUGGAUAAAAGGGAAGGCAAUGCACCAUCCGGUUGUUAUUACUCUCAUGUGAUGAGCAGAAAUGACGGAAUUGCAAGUUUGGUGGAAGGCAUGGACAAGGCGGACACAAGCAAUGAACACAUUGCAGCCGAACGUUUGAAAGAUUUGUACCAGAAGAAAAGUGUACUCGAGGAUAUACUGCAUUUGCUACAGAUAAGUGAGGUAGAAAAGUUAAGUGAUAACAAAUCGCAAGAUAUAUUUUCCGACUUGAUGUUUCAGCUGAAGAGUUCGAUCCUCGGGGGAGCAGAACAUUUGUUCAGUAGGAUGCAGAACAUUGGGGAAGGGGCUAAGUUUCUGUCUGGCAAAGCGAAUAACAAUGGUAGUGAUAAUAAUAGUGAUGAUGAUAAUGAUGAUGAUGGGAAUGCUGCGCGAGGGGACCGCUCUUCCACCGCGGCAUCGGUAGGGUCAGGAAUAAACUCCAGCUUCGAAGAGGUGAGCGAUUUGGAGGAAGCAAGAGGCUCAUCAAAUGCCCACGCCGAUGGCACACUGAGGGGAGGAAGCCCUGUUAAAAGUCCCUCACUAAAUAGACACAUCUCAGAAAAGGGAAGCCCCCUAAAGUGUAAGUCCCACACGGAGGAGAAACUCCUUCCAAAGAGUGGCUCUCUCACAAGUCCAUUUUUAAAAAAAAAGCAAAAUCGCAGGAGCAGAAAUAAUCGGGGCCACUCCUCCCUGGAAAAGUUCAAUGUGAUGAGAAAAUGUUUUAGCAACACGGAGGGGGCUUCCACGUCGUUCCUCUUUGAUCGUGAUAGGAAGAUGAACGAAGGAGCAGCAGACAUACCAACCCGGAGCAGCACAAAUGAAAAAAGUAAAAUUCCCAUUUGGGGGAAAUCCUCCCAUGAAGAAUCAGUCCAUCUGAAGAAUAAACAUACAAACGUGGCAGUCCUGAAAGAGCACAUCGAAAAAGGUAGUCCCAAAAUUUCAGUUAAGCCUAUCCCCCCGUCGAUAAAUAAAACUCGCAAAAAUGUGUGCACAAGGAAGGGGAACAAUCGACCGAAUGGUGAGCCAUGGGAAGAACGUGAUCAAUCUGGUUCGUUUGAUUCGCUCUCUUCAUCUUCCUCUUCCGAUGCGUCAGAAUCGAGAGGACCUGGGGGGGAGAGAACCCGAUCGGGCAGUCAGAUGGGGAGGAAAAAGUACCUUAUCAGAAUAAACAGAAAGGGGCAUGGCAGUUUUGAAGUUAAAAAGGAGGGAGCAAACUCGUCCGGUCGUGUCUACGAUUUUGAGGUGAUUUAUGAGGGCGUCGAUGGAGUGGCCGAUAGAAUGGAUGCCGCUUCACCCCAACGGAGGACGCACAAACAGUUGGUGCAUUUUUCAUUUUUGAGGAGGGGGGGAAAAGUAUGUGGCGUGGAAAAGUUACACAUUGGGGAAAUUGACUUGGUGAGGAGUUUCCCCUUCGGGAGUACCACAAAGGGUGGACCUCCCAAUGAAGAUGUGGAUGGUGUAUCGGCAGGGGUUCAGCUUGUGCCGCGGCGAAGAAACGAACGUACGAAGAAGGAGGCACAUAAACGAAUCAAUCUGCUGGAAGAGAAUUUAAAAAAUUUAAAGGAGGAAAAUUUCAGGAAGAAGUACGAGCUGACGAGAAUAAUAGACGACAUGAAAAAAAAAAAAAUGAAAAAUAUUGUGACGAACGAUGAGGCCAUGUACGAUGUAGAGGCAGAGUCCUACAACAUGGAGUUUGUAGAAACGAAUCGACUACGAGGACUGUACAUCCACAUGCUAGACAAGCAGAGCCAAUUAGAGAAAGACAGGAAUUUCUACAAAAAUGAACUCGAAAAAUUGCAAGAAGAUAUGAAAAACAACACAGCUCCGUUGGCAGAAUUUCUGAGAGAAGAGAAGGAGAAAUUCCUACAAAGAGAAAAAGAAUUCUACAACAGGGAGAAGAAAUAUUUCCAAGUAAAGAAUAAACUGAGGAAAAAAAUUAUUCACCUUCAGAGCGAGUUGGAGAUAGCCGAAGGGAAAUUGAACAAAGAGAGGGAAGAGAAUAAAAUCUUGAAAAGUACCAUCACGGAAAAUCUCUCCAUUAUAGAAAAAAAGGAUAAUGAGAGAAGAAACUCAGAACAGGAAAAUGAAUCCAAAAUGAGAAUUUUAAAUACAGAGCUGCAGGAACUUAUGGACACCGUGGUUGUAGAGAAAAAAGAAAAAAAUAAAUUGCAGGAAGAAAUCUCUCUCAUCAGGAAAGACAUGGCUUUUGAUAAUUUCAAAAAAGUUGUACUAGGAAAAAUAACCAAAACGAACGGUGACAUAAAAUAUCUGGCGGAGAUCCUAGAAUUGUUAACGAAGGAGUUGGAGAAUAAAAUAUCCAAGGAGAGUUCCAAUGAAAAACAUCUGCGCGAACUGAAGGAGGAAUGCACGAAGAAAGCGCAACUGUUAAGCAGUGCGGAGGAUAAAAUGAAGCAGGAUAAGAAAAAAAUGAGGAAAAUGAGGGAGGAGAUAUUCUACCUGCAUGAGAAGAAUAGGAACCUGUUGGACAGCGUCAAGUGUAUGGUUGCCCAGGGUGUUGGUGGAUUUUCUAACGGUAACGAGGUUAUCACCGCAGACGGGGGGACGUCCUCCCGAGAGGAUGGAUACUAUUGCUCUUCAGACGAACGAGGCGGAGUAGUAGUGCAUCCCCCACGGGAAAACACACAGAUUGCCCAAUCGGAUGACAUCCAUAAGAGGAACAGAAAAGGGAAGACGGGGCGCAGGCUAACCUCAGCCAAAAGACGAUUCAGCAAAAAUGAGGGAAGCUUCACCAGCUUCUCAGACAACAGUUCGCUAUUUCUGUGCCACGACAUGGACACCAAGCGGGGGUAUUCAUCCGACGAACUGACAACUGGCCCGGCAGACCCAACGUACGUGUGCCGAGGAUUAAUUCGCCACAGCUUGAAGUGA